UCUAUUUUAUUAUUCUUUUUCUAUCUGGGUAUGCUUUGUUUCAUCCUUUUUCUUAUAUAUCUAAUUACAUUUUAUCAUGUUACAAUGUUACAUUCAUUCAUUCAUUAGUUUAUAUGUAAAUAAUAUUCAUCACCUCUUGUGUCCCAUACCAGACAGAAGACAGAGUUGGAUUGGGUUGUUUAGAUCGGUUGAUUUAUUGAGGAUGAACAGUAAUAGUAGUGUAUAAUGCUUGUGCCCAACCGGAUUUAGGGUUCAUUUUAACUGAUAAGUUUAGGGUUUCUUCUUGUUUCGCUUCCUCCCAGGCGCUGAUGGUGAUGUGUUCUCUGGAAGAUAAUGGAUUUCCCAUGUAUGAGUAUAAUAUUUUCUGGGUUCUUGAAUACCUUCUACAUUUGGCACUAGGAAUUAAUCAUUCUUCAAUGAGAGACAGAGUGGUUAACUUCAGACUCAGGAUGGGGAAAUCCUUAUUCUUGUCUUCAUCUGGUUCAAAUAGGGCCGGUACUUAGUGAUAAGUUAAAUGAUUUCUGUUUGUGCUCGAGAAUUCAGCAAUGGAGGUUUCUUCUUCUUCAUCUGCAUUACAGUGCCGGCCUUAUCCACCACCUCUGGCUAGAUAUGAGGAUGUCAUGGUCGAUAGGAAUCUGUUUAUGGAUACAUUAGAGAAACUCCAUGUCACUAUGGGAACUAAAUUUAUGAUCCCCAUAAUAGGUGGAAAGGACCUUGAUUUGCAUCGGCUUUUUGCAGAGGUUACUUUAAGAGGUGGAUUUGAGAAGAUAAUUAGAGAAAGAAAAUGGAAAGAGGUAACAGCCAUUUUCAGAUUCCCAGCAUCAGCUACAAACGCGUCCUUUGUGCUGCGCAAGUAUUAUUGCUCAUUGCUUCAUCAUUACGAACAAAUCUACUACUUUAAGGCCAAGAAUUUCAUUCCUAUAGCUGUUGAUGCUUCAAUAAGGUCAUAUACUUCCUCACUUCUUCAACAGGGGUGGACUAGAGCAAAUAAUCAGCUGAAUUCUCCAGAUGUCGAAACAUCUACUGAAGGCCCUCCGAUAUUUGGGGUGAUCGAUGGAAAAUUUGACAGCGGUUAUCUGAUUACAGUUACAAUUGGUUCAGAGAAACUAAAAGGUGUUCUUUACCAGCAGCAGAUUAGACAGGAGCCAGUUACAAGCCAAACUCAUCAACAGGGGAUAGUGACUGCCGCCAGCAACUUGGGAAAUCCGAUUGAGGUGCCGCCUGUCGUGUGCAGACGAAGAAGGAGAAAGAAAUGCGAGAUGAGGAAACGCGAUCCAGCUCACCCCAAACCCAACAGAAGCGGGUACAACUUCUUCUUUGCAGAACAGCAUGCCAGGCUUAAACCGCUUUAUCCCGGGAAGGAUCGAGAGAUUAGUAAAAUAAUAGGGGAAUUAUGGAACAAGAUGAAGGAAGACGACAGAAAAGUUUAUCAGGAAAAGGCAAUGGAAGAUAAAGAGAGAUACAAGUUGGAAAUGGAAUGUUACAGGGAUGGACAAAGAACGGGUAGUAUCAUAAGCUACGCUGUGCCAAUCCAACAACGGCCUUUUGAGCCAGACAAUGAAACAGAGGACCCGGAAGAGGAAAGUAGUUUAGGAAGCGAAUCGAACGAGGAUGAGUCAGAAGAUGCGUUUCCUUUGGCUACUGAUGAAGGAGUGUCUGAAUUUCAGAACACAGUUUAUAAUUAUGGAAAUGCGAACAAUUUGGGUGGUGGUGGUGAUGGUGGCAGCUCGAGCAAUUUUACAAUGGAGAUCGAGAUGAUGGAGAAACUGGUUAGGAUGGAUGGUGGUGAAAAAGAAUCGAAUUCUCGGGAAGGAAUGGAAUCAGAACCGAUCGAAGCCCGAGAUGGAACAUCAACCAGAAGUUGCAGAGACUGAUCAAUCAUUACAAAUUAGGGAGUCUCUGUUUAAGAUCGACAUGUUUGAUGGUGAUGAUGAUGAUGAUGAUCAGAAGGAAAGUUUCGCGAGAGAUCAAUCAUUACAAAUUAG